ACAAGUGUCAAUUGGUGCCGAAAAGCAACAUCACAAGAAAGAUCAAUUCAAGUCGAUUGCAGCUCUUCUCCGGUUCGGUUCCGGUUGGCCAGGCUAGUCAGGAUGAAGCUACUACUAAAAAUUGCUGUACUUACGGCAAUAUCGCUGUGUCUGUUCCAGCUAGCCAACAGCCAAUCUUCCAAAAAUGCGCGAGGCCAGGGACAACAGUCUCUGUCCGAAAAGGUGCAGCAACUGCUGGACAUGAACACGAAGCGUCCGGUGCUGCGUUUCAAUGGCAACAAAUUCCGGGACUUUGUCAAGUCAGCCCCACGGAACUACUCGAUCAUAGUGAUGUUUACGGCCAUGGCACCCGCGCGGCAGUGCGUGAUUUGCCGACAUGCUCACGACGAGUACACGAUCGUGGCCAACUCGUACCGCUACUCGCAGACCUACUCCAACAAGCUGUUCUUCGCCAUGGUCGACUUUGACGAAGGUUCGGACGUGUUCCAGAUGCUGCGACUAAAUACGGCACCCGUGUUCAUCCACUUCCCCCCGAAGGGAAAACCGAAACCGGCCGACACGAUGGACAUCCAGCGGGUGGGAGUGUCGGCGGAAGUGAUCGGCAAGUGGAUUCAGGAGCGUACCGACAUUCAGAUCCGAAUUUUCCGCCCACCCAACUAUUCCGCUACCGUUGCGAUUCUGAUGCUGUCGCUGUUUGUCGGCGGUUUCCUGUACCUGCGCCGAAACAAUCUCGACUUUCUGUACAACAAGCAGAUGUGGGCGCUGAUUGCGGUGGUGUUCUGCUUCGCGAUGGUUUCGGGACAAAUGUGGAACCACAUCCGCAGCCCGCCGUUCGUGCACAAGAGCCAGAAUGGUGGCAUUGCGUACAUACACGGAUCCUCCCAGGGGCAGCUGGUGAUUGAAACGUACAUUGUCAUGUUUUUGAAUGCCAUGAUUGUGCUGGGAAUGGUAUUGUUAACGGAGGCUGGCUGGCAGAAUGAUCAUCGUAAGAGUAAGGUCACAGCAAUUGUGGGCCUAUUUUUGGUGGUUGUGUUCUUCUCGCUGAUUCUUUCAAUAUUCCGAUCCAAAGCGCAGGGAUACCCUUACAGCUUCCUAUUUAAGUAAAAAAAAUAGUUUAAGUAUAAAGGAGCGUCAGUCUAAAAUUAACGCACCAGGUGUGAACGCGUGAAUCACAUGUAUUGGAUCGCUAGUUGUGCAAUCGAGGGAACGUAAAAAACGUAAAAAUUCCAUAUUUCAAUGUUUAGUUCAAGCAAAAAUAAAUAAAAAAAGUCAGAAUCUUUCUCAACCCGAAGAAGAUGUAAACAUGCAUCGGUAGAGUUAGCGGUUUGAUUUAAAACAUAGAUAAUGAACAUAUAAACUAAACCUCCUCACACGCAACCUUUCCUGUGGAACGUUGCUCAAAAGUUAAGAAAAAAAUCCCACUAAGUUGUAUCAAGCAAUAGUGACUGAGCUAAUAAACAAUUCAAUUCGACGAUGAAGAGACAGACGAAAUGAA